AUGGAUGAUUAUGUCCAAGUAACUCGAUUGAAUCCAAAAAAUACUGAAACUUGACAUGGUAUGUAUUACUUUAAUACAAAUAAUUAUGAUUAUGCGAUUGGUGAUUUUACUGAAUUAUUAAAACGUCAACCUAGUCAUGUUUCAGCACGUCUUCAGUCUUAUUAUCAUCGUACUUGUCUUCUUCGUACAUCAAAUCCAAAUCAAGCAUUAAAAGAUUUUAGUAUAUCAUUAUUAAUUAAUCCUGAAUAUGAAAAUAUUGGUGCUUGUAUUCAUCGAGUUUUAAUUUAUUAUAAACAAAAUCAAUUUAAUGCAACAAUUGCUGAUUAUGAAGCUGUACUUGUAUUAGAUCGAGAACAUACACCAGCUUUAUGUAAUUUAGCGAUUAUUUAUAUGAGAACAAAUGUUCAAAAAGCUUUACAAUUAUUUUCUCGAGCAAUUGAAGCUGAAUCAACAUAUGUUUGGGCUUAUUUUUAUCGCGCUUAUUUCUAUGCUCAAAUCAAUCAAUUACAGCAAGCAUAUUCAGAUUAUACAAAAGUUUAUCAUAUGUUUUCCGAUCAAAAUGCAGCUAUGGUACUUCGAGGAAAUAUGCUUCUUGCAAUCGGACAACUUGAUUCAGUAUCAUUUUGUGUUGAAGUAGCUGCAAAAUUACAAUCAUUAUAA